AUGCUAAAAAUUAUUAUUCCAACCACAAUACUCCUCCCCUUAACCUUCUUCUCCCCACGUAAACAUCUAUGAACAAACACCACCCUAUACAGCCUACUAAUUGCUACCGCCAGCCUCCAAUGACUCGCACCAACAUACUACCCAAGCAAAACCCUCACUCCAUGAACCUCCGUCGACCAAAUUUCCUCUCCACUACUAGUACUCUCCUGCUGACUCCUCCCACUCAUAAUUAUAGCAAGCCAGAACCAUCUAGAGCUAGAACCCACAAUCCGCAAACGAAUCUUCACCACAACAAUAAUCCUAGCCCAACUAUUCAUCCUCCUAGCCUUCUCCGCCUCAGAACUGAUACUCUUCUACAUCGCGUUUGAAGCAACACUAAUCCCCACUCUUAUCCUCAUUACACGAUGAGGAAACCAACCAGAACGCCUAAACGCGGGCAUCUACCUACUAUUCUAUACACUCGCCAGCUCACUACCACUACUAAUCGCCAUCCUCCACCUACACAAUCAAAUCGGCACUCUAUACUUUCCCAUACUAAAGCUCUCCCACCCUACCAUAAACAACUCCUGAUCCGGCCUAGCCGCAAGCCUAGCUCUACUCCUAGCCUUCAUAGUCAAAGCUCCCCUAUACGGACUCCACCUGUGACUCCCCAAAGCCCACGUAGAAGCCCCAAUUGCCGGAUCCAUACUACUAGCAGCCCUACUCCUAAAACUCGGAGGAUACGGCAUCAUACGAGUCACCGCCCUAGUAGAUCCAACAUCAAACAACCUCCACUACCCAUUUAUCACCUUAGCACUAUGAGGAGCACUAAUAACCAGCGCCAUCUGCUUACGACAAAUCGACCUAAAAUCACUAAUUGCUUACUCAUCCGUCAGCCACAUAGGACUUGUCAUCGCUGCCACCAUGAUCCAAACCCAAUGAGCAUUUUCAGGGGCAAUAAUCCUAAUAAUCUCCCACGGCCUAACUUCCUCAAUACUAUUUUGCCUAGCUAACACCAACUACGAACGAACCCACAGUCGAAUCCUUCUACUCACACGAGGUCUUCAAUCCCUCCUACCCUUAAUAGCCACAUGAUGACUACUAGCCAACCUAACAAACAUAGCCCUACCACCAACAACCAACCUAAUAGCAGAAUUAACCAUCGUGAUCGCACUAUUCAACUGAUCUGCCUUCACAAUCGUACUCACAGGAGGCGCAAUCCUACUCACCGCCUCAUACACCCUAUACAUACUUAUUACCACGCAACGAGGCGCACUCCCAUCCCACAUCACAUCAAUCCAAAACACAUCUACCCGAGAGCACCUCCUCAUAGCCCUACACAUAAUCCCCAUAAUACUUCUCAUCCUAAAACCUGAACUAAUCUCUGGCCUUCCUAUAU